AUUGUUAAACUCUUGAAAGAAGAUUUUAUUACCAAUGUUGUGCCAAUUGUUUGUUCAUCACAAGACUCUCCUUCAUUUAUGUUGAAAUGUCUACAGGAAGGUGCAGCUGACUUUAUACUUAAACCGUUAUCAGCGGAUGUUAUAAAAACUUUGUUUUUGAAUGUGACUCGAUAUAAAAUAGAGAAAAGUCAACCAACAUUAGAAAAUAUAAAUGAAAUAACCAACAAGUAUACAACAGAAGAAUGUGACAAGCAAGAUGGACAAGUAUGGUUAAAAUUUAAAGGACGUCUUAAAAGUGUAUUUGAAAGGGAACACUGUCAAAUAUGUAGUUGGAAUUUUUUACCUCUUGACUUGGAUAAUCAAGAUUUAAUUCAAAUCGUUUUUAUCAUAUUAAAUCACGUUCUCUUCACGUUUAAUGAACUUGAAUCUCUUCGAGUUCCAAGUGGUGACUUGUAUCACUUCAUUUUCGACAUUUGUAACUCCUAUCAUAGUGCAAAUCCAUACCAUAAUUUCCGACAUGCAGUAGAUGUACUUCAGGCAAACUAUUAUUUUUUAUGUAAAAUUGGUGCAAUAGAACCCAUGUGUCCUGAUAUUACAUUUGAUGAAUUUACAUGUAAAAAUAAUGAUGAUAGUCAUUCGUAUUCCAUCAAAGAUCUAUUAGAGCCUUUAGAUAUAUUUGCCUUAUUAAUGGCUAGUAUUGGUCAUGAUGUAGGCCAUCCAGGUGUGACUACAUCAACUCCUUUAGCUAUUUUAUAUAAUGAUAAAUCUGUACUGGAAAGCUUUCAUUCCAUGUUCUUUUUCCAUUUAGUCAAUGAACAUUGUUUUAGCAAAUUAACAGAUACUCGAUCUAACCCGGAAUAUGCUAGUUUUCGUAAAAUUGUCGUUAAUAGUAUUCUAGCUACAGAUAUGAGUAUGCAUGAUGAAUAUGUACAAAAGAUUAAAAAUCAAGCAGAAAGAUUAAGACAGAACAAGAUCAAUUUUAAUGAUAAAGUAGCGUGCGAAAAGGAAAAGAUAUUGCUAUGUAGUGCCUUGAUUAAAUGCGCUGAUAUCAGUAAUUGUGCAAGACCAUUUGAAUCAGCAAAAAGAUGGGCAAAGAUAUUAGCAGAAGAAUUCUUUGAACAAGGUGAUUUGGAAAGAGAAUUAGGUUUAACAAUUCUACCCAUCAAUGAAAGGGGUAAAAUUCCUUUAGAAGACUUUCAAUUAGGAUUUAAAAGAUUUGUUGCAUUAAAAUUAUUUGAUUCUGUGAGUGAAACAACGCCAUGUAAGCACUUUUAA